AUGAAUCUCGAACAAGAUCUCCAAGCAAGCGAGGAUCGAAACAAUGUUGGGGAAGCCAAAUUAUCAGCCACAAGAAAAAACUUCGAAAAGCUUCAGGGUCAGGCAUUCAACGACUUGCUCGCUCGCAACAGACUAGAAACAGAGAACAAAUCUUUGAAAGCAGAGAUCGUGGAUACACAGAAGAAGCUUGAUGAUUAUUUGUCGAUCAAAGAGCAGAACCAUGAUCUUGGUAAUCAACUCAAAUCCUUUGAACAUAAAAUUAAAGAGUACUUGGCCAUCGUGGAAGAUACAGCAAACAAAGCCCAUGCGAGCGAAGAGAAAGUCGCAGCUGAACGUGCUGCAAAAGAGGCCAUGGAGAACCGCUACAAGGCUCAGAUUACAGAACAAGAGGCUGAAAUCACAGGACUCAAGAGUUACAGGGAGAAAUUGGAAUACUCAGUUGCUCGACUUCAAGCAAGUGUUAAGACGUGUUGGUGGCAUAGGUUCCGGGCGUGGAAGGACCGGUUUCGAAAGAGGGACAGAUCAGGGUCUUGGUUGAUGUGUACAUAA